UUGUGGCAUUGAUUUUGGCACCAUGGGAGGCUACUGGCAGCUGGUCUUUGCCUGCUGCCUACUUGUCCGAAGUCUUUCAGCAGAAUACUCGGUGAAAGACAACUCAACCUCUGCAGUGAAAGACAACUCAACUUCUGUGGUGAAAGACAACUCAACCUCUGCGGUGAACUCAGACGAAGAGCUGAAGAAGAACAUUGGGCAACGAAUUGCUUCCCUGCAGGAAAUGCAGCAGGAUGAAAUUCGCAACUUCGCUGACUUAGCCUUGCAACAUUAUAACACGCAGAAAUCCUCCUUGUUCACAACCUUGGAGGAAGCAACCGUGACGGUCAAGAAAGCCAUUGGAUCCAUGGUGUACCUGCGGAUGACAUUAGAAAAGACCAACUGCACCAAAAAAGAUGUGAAACAUCACAGUCUCUCUCACUCUGAUGACUCUGAUGACUCUGAUGAAGGCCCCCCGAAAUAUUGCAGUCCGCUUGACGGCCAGAACAAGGAGCAACUGGACUGCAAAUUUGACAUUUUUAAAAAUGAAAGGUCUUACGAUGAGACUGUAAUGAGCCAUGACUGCAAGCCAGUUAAAAUUAUCGAUAAGGCUAUUUUUCUUGGGGAAGAAUUCGACGAAGCUAGAAAAUAG